AUGAACUCGUUCGCCGCCCUCCAGGAAAGCGACACCCCCGCCGCCGCUUUGUCACGUCAACGAUGGAACACAAAUACCACAUCCGCAGUCAGUCAUGAGUUGACCGCAAUCAUUAUGGCCGGUUAUGGAAACUCGCUCUAUCCCCUCACCGAAGAGUCUAAUCUACCAAAGGCGCUCUUGCCUGUUGCGAACAGACCAAUGCUCUGGUACCCCCUCCAGUGGUGCGAAAAAGCAGGUUUCGGCAACGUCAUGGUCGUAUGCCAAACAGAAGCCGAAGACAAAAUCGCAGCGUGGCUCAAAUACAAAUACGAAGGGAAAAUCAAAGUGAAUCUGGAAGCACCAUCGAACGCGGAGGAGACGGCUGGGACGGCGGAUGUGCUCAGGAUUCUGAAGGAUAAGAUCAAGUCCGAUUUCGUGGUAUUGUCGACGGAUCAGGUGAUGGAUAUGCAACCCUACGCUCUUCUCGACUUUCACCGAAUACACUCUCCGACCGUGACCUCGGUCUACUACACACCGGUAGGAGAUGCGGCACCAAAGGAUACGGAGAAUAUGCUUUAUGUUGGGUACGAUGAUCAGAAGAAGAGGUUGUUGUAUGUUAAAGCUGAGGCAGAUGUGGAGGAUGAGCUGGAGGUUCGGAUGAGUUUGUUGUGGAAGUAUCCGAGAUUACGGGUGUCGACAAAGUUGCAGGAUGCGCAUGUCUACAUCUUUAAGAGGUGGGUGUUGGAUUUGAUUGCACGGAACGACAAAAUCUCGUCGAUUAAGGGAGACUUGAUGCCAUUACUAGCGAAGGCACAGUACCAGUCGCUGUUGGUUGAGAAGGUGGGUAUGGCUGAGUUGACGCGGACAAAUUCCCCACCAUUACUUCCUACCCAACAAAACACGACUCACUCCCUCGGUAACGAUUAUGCCGGCAACCCGAUCAAGAUCUCACUUCUGGUAUAUCCCAAGAACGACUUCUGCGCACGGGCGAAUACUCCAGCAUCGUACGCCGAACUCAACCGACAUCUCGCAAAACAGAACGGCGAGACUCUCGGAGAUGCCCGUAUCGCCGGCUCCGCAGACGUCUCACUCAAGGCUCAAGUCGGUACAGACUCCCUUGUCGGUGAACACUCCAAGGUCGACGAACGCACAUCCCUCAAGCGCUCCAUCAUCGGUCAACACUGUGUCGUCGGCCGUAACGUCAAGAUCUCGAACUCUAUCAUUAUGGACCGGGUCGUGAUUGAGGACGGCGCGAAGAUUGAGGGAUGUACGGUUUGUACGAACGUGAGGAUUGGAUCGAAGGCACAGUUGACGAAUUGUGAGGUUGGUGGUGGAUUUGUCGUCGAGGAGGGAUUCCAGGCGAAGGGUGAGAAAUUGGUCGAUUUUAGGGAUAUGGAGAUGGAUUCGGACUCCGACUAG